AUGGAGAACUACGAGUCGCCGUCCGAAGUUUUAAAAAAAAAGGACAAAAUCGAGUCAGCAGACAAGGGAAAGGAGAAAAAAGACAAACUCAAAUUUAUCGACAUAUUUAACGACAGCAAUGACGCAGAGCAGAGUGAUAACAAAGUUGAAAACUUUUUAAAAAAAAAAAAAAUAAUUGAAAGUAAAAGGAAGGCAAAGAAUAAAAGCGGCGUGUAUCUUUUGGAAGGCGCCCCAAAUGUGUACGCCACAGAUUUGGUGACCUCCAGUGUGGCCAACUCAGGAAACCCAGACGGGGAGAACAACAUCCCUGAGGCGAACACCAUCCAACGAAGCAGAAGUCUGCUGAAUAAUUUAAAUAUAUUUUCCAACGAGGGAGAGCACAACCAUGCCUAUCUGGUUAACGAGAUUUACCGGCUGAAGGCCGAAGUGGAAGAAGAGAAACAAAAAGGGUGCCGGACAAAUGAGGAGGCAAAACUGCUGAAGGAAAAAAACGACGUGCUCAGUAAGAGCAUCAGCGAUAUGAAGAACGAAAUGGAAAAACUCCAAAAUAUUUACGACGAGGAAAUUGUAAAAAUAAAGGAGUCAUACGAGAGGCGCCUUCUAGUUUUUCAGGCCGAACUGGAGGAAAAGGAAAAUUACUUUAAGAAGCAAAAAGAGGCCCACAGGGAGGAAUUCGAGUCACAACUGGAGGAGUACAAGAGUCUGUACCAAAAUGAGAAAAAGAAAAGUCAAGACAGGGAGAGACUAAUCGAGGAGGCUGCCGCCGAACGGGAGAGACUCACAAAAGAAGCUGCCUCCGAACGGGAGAAACUUUCCAAAGAGGGCGCCGCCCAAAUAGAAGAGCUCCAAAACCGUGUAGCCCAAAUGACCGAACGGGAAAAAGACCUAUCACAAUGCCUGAAUGAAGAAAAGGAAAAAAAUGAAAAAAUCAAAACGGAAGCAGAAAAAUACAAACAGCAAGUUCUCAGCCUGAACGAAAUAAUUAACAAAAAAAAUGAAAACAUAAAAAAUAUGGUAAAUGAUAUUCUUCUGGUGAAAAAUGUAUAUGACGAGCUAGCCAAAGAGAAGGAACUGAACGAAUUAGGAAAAAAAAAACUAGCCAAAAAAAUUGAAACGUAUGAAAAGGAUUUUCAUUAUUUAAAAAAAAACAUGGAAGGAUAUAGACUAAACAAUGAUAAACUGAGGAAAGGCAACCAGGAACUGAAUGAACAAGUGAGGAAAAUGGAAUGCCAGAUUCGUAGUCUUCAGAAUGAGAAUGAAUUUUUAAAAAAGGAAAAUCUUCUUUUUAACAAAAAAUUUUUGAAUGUAAAAAAGGGGAAAAAGAUAGGACAGUUGGACUACUUCUCCGAAUCGACGGAUAUCAAGGAUGAGGUGCCUAGUGCGGACAGUAGUCUGGAGGGAAACAACACGUUAGGAUCUCACACAGACGAGGUGCAGGAGAAGGAAGUGAUGCUAAUGGGACAAACGAACGAGAUAGCCAAAGUGAAAGAUGCAAGUGGAGGAAACAGCACUGACGGGGACAAGUGCACCAAGCGGAAGAAGAAAAAAAAGAAAAAAAAUAUUAUAAAGAAGAAAAAAAAAAAUUUUGCAAAAGUUGUAAAAAGGGAAGAGAAAGGGGCAGGUAGCCAUGAUAGAAGCGAUGUUGGCAUGGAUGGUGACAGUGAUGAUUGCGGGGAAGGCUCCUCCUCCACCGGGGAGGACCGCCCCGCAGAACCAACGUCCGCACUGAGCGUGCUAACAACCCGUCGAGGAAAACGAAAAGACGCCGCCGAGCAGAAAAGGGGAAGCAUCUGUGGAGACCCCCGAGAAGAAAACGAAUCAGACGAAACGGGCGCAACGAGCGAAUCAGACAGAGCAGACAAAUCGGACAAAUCAGACGAAGGAGGUGAAGGCCACCUCAGCACGCUAAGCCGAACAGGCAGCAAACCCAACUGUGCAUGCCAGUCAAAAAAGGAAGUGCAACUGCCCCAUGUGGGGCGUAGCGUAGGCAAUUUAGUAAGCGCAAAAAAAGUGAAUAGAAAUACCAUCGGACAAAAUUACGAAGAGGUUGGAAAUGCAGAACGAUUCGAUCUGAUCUCUAAAUUUUUGGAGAACGGUACAAAAGAUGAAAAGAAAAAAAAAAAAAAAGAAGGAAAAAAAGAAAAAGAAAGAGAAAAAAGAAAGUGCGAUUAUAGUAAGACAAAUUUUAGUGCCACCAGUUUGGGAAGCUCCAACAUGUUCAAAAAAGAGCUAAGCAGCAACAGAUAUCUGUUCGACUUAAAUCUUUACAGCUUAAAAAGGUAUAAUAUUUUCAGCCUCAGUAAUGGGGUAUUCCCCCAAGGGGGUGAUAACGACUUGACCAACCUGGUGAGCAAGAAGAAGAGCUGCCCAGCGCGAAUGGGCCAUUUGGACGAAAUGCACAAUUUGGAUGAUGUGCACAAUUUUGACAUGAGCACAAACAACACUUGGCGCAGCCGAACGGAGGGGUUACCUCGUGCGUUGAGGGAUUCCUCCUGCGGCAGAACCAACGACAGGGAAGAGGCAGACUGUUUCGAAGCUGCACCACGCACGAGGAUCCUCCAAGGAGGUGGUGCCAACUGUAUAAAUCACAUAAACGAUGACAUGGAAAAAAACAAUACAAUCAACUACUUCUUAGCUAACAUAAAAAAGGAAAAGAAAAAUUCGAACGAAAUUGUGAUGAAGAGAAGGGAGACUCGUCUGCACAAGCUCCUCAGCAGACGUGACUCCUCUAGCGGAUCCUUUCAAAUGGGGAAAGAUCAUUUGGUGCGGAAGUUCCUGGGGGGUGAAGAACCCAUCGAAUGUGAAAAAAGCAAUCACCAUGGUAGUGCCCUGCACAGCGGCGGCGUCAGUACCGCUGAUGAACUUGACCAACAUAGGCACCACAUCCAGGAAGAUCAGAGGGACAUGCAGUCCUACCUCCUAAGCAAGUGCAAAGGAAAAAACAACAUUUACGGUCUGUUCAUCAUAAAUGAACGUCUAAAGAGCAUCUACAAAAACAUAGCGAAUAAGAGAAAGUCGAUUAGCAACUUUCCAGUGAGUAUGCCAAAAAUUGAAAGUCAAAAAAAGUUUAGUAGUUCCUUUAAUAUCCUACAAACAGGAAAGUUUCUUCCCGGGGGGGAGGAAAACAUACCCAUGGUGUUUCCCCUUGGUUGUAAAAAAAAUGCACACGAAAUGGUGCCUACUUUUGAGAAUAGGGGAGAGUCCAACGGAUUGCAUUUUGCCACACAAAAUGGUCUCAUCAAGGGGGAAGUUCCAUCGGGCGAUGAAACGAAAAAAAUGAGUUUCACCUCGGAAAGUAGAUUAACAGAAGAGAUGCGUAGUGCAGGGAGUUCCUUUGUAGUGUCUGGAGAAGACCCCCUUAUAAAGGAUGAGGAACAAAUUGGAAAAAAUGUCCUUUUCGAAAAUUCAAAAAAUAUGAACAGGUUAGGCAAAAAAGGGGAACCCAGUUACACACACGAGGAAAAUGAUGAGGAGAGUAUCUUUUUAAAGAAAAAAAAUUACCUCGGAAAUGCCCACUCCAUUUCGGUUAUGUUUGACAAGAAUCAGCCACCAACGGGGGGAUACUUCUCGUCAAAUGAGUCCCAUUCGAGAGUAGUAACAAACGGGGGAGAGGAAGACGCGCGUGUAGGGGUUGGUGAAAAUCCCCGUUCCAUGGGAUGGCAUCCCUUAUACCAGGAGGGCAUGGAAAAAUGCGUUUCGUUUGUAAACGUGGGCAGUAAAGUGCUUCAGGAGGGAGUGGAUAAAGUUGGAAGAGGACCGCAAGGUGAAGGUCUUCCCCUUCGGGAACGUCUGACCCAUCACGCGAACGGGUCAGAAGACAACGAAUUUGCGAACCACCUCAAAGGGAAGGAAGGCCCACCAAAAGGCAACCCUCGCAAAACAAACAAAAACGAAGAAGCAGUCAGCAACUUGGACUUAAAUGAUGUAUUUAAUUCAAAUUUUAACAACUUUUUAUUGUCCUAUAAGAGCAAAAAAAGGGAGUUUGCCACAUCUCCCAAUUCUGCGUCACCAUCCAGAAAUCGAAUUUUUGAAAUUUUAAAAAAAAAAAACUCCCCAUAUGAUCACUCGGAUGAGCAAAAUUGUACAGACGCCACGAGGGAAGACUCCUACUUCGAAAAUUAUUUAAACGGUUUGAAGCAGCAGAGGGGUAGGACUCAAGUCGGGGAAGAUUCAAGCGGUGUGUACAUUCGCCGUUCUGAUAGACAGGACGAGCAGAACGGAUCCACGGAUAAACAUACUCAGAGGGGAAGCAACAAAUGGGACUGCUUGACUGAAACAGAAAAGUUCAUCAAACAGGAUUCUCCACAAAAUAGUAAUAUGGUGGAUGAUCCAAAUGUACUUAUGCAAAAUAAUGCCAACUCGGGGAUCCUUUUCGGGGGUGGAAGUGACUAUCGUGGGGACUCCAACAGAGGCAACAUUAGGAAGGAGAGUGAGCGCUUCCUAUUCAGCAGUAACUCCGUAAUGAACGCUGGGUCGAACUCCAUCGGGGGGAUGACUUAUGAAAAUGUUGUGAGGAGCAACAUGGAAAAUGCACACUUUAUCAAUUUGGUUAAAAAUAAAAGGCAAAAGGAUAUCCUACUGGGAGGGGAACAAAGCAACUCUUCACUUCGCUUGACCAGUCAAGAAUGUAAUACUUCAAAUAGGAGCAACGAACUGAACUGGAAGAAAUCACCACGAGUUUGA